AUGCUUUCCUCUCGGUGCUGUGCCGCGGCGGCGCUUGCGCUCGCGUCUUCUCUGGCCGUGUUGGUGGCGGCUUGUGCAGCCGCAUCCUCCGAGCCAACGACCACGUCGGCGCCGGCGGUCACCACCGUCAUCUCGCCGCCGGUCAGCGGUGCGGCGAACUGCACGCGUUGCGGUGGCGCGACGCUGCAGUCCCGCGCCGUGCGGCUGCAGGCCAUCAAGGCGCAGAUCCUGAGCAAGUUGGGCAUGAAGCGGGCACCCAACGUGACACGCCGCGCUCUGCCGGGCAUCCCGCCAUUGCAUCGGCUGCUGGACCGCUACGACGCCGGCAUGAUGCAGGCCGACGCGCCGUUCGAGCCCGGAGAACAGUACGCCGACGAUGACGACUUUCACAUGGCCGCCGAAAAGAUCAUCACCUUCGGACAGCACGCGCCUCCCGAGCUGGGCCUGAUGUCGGAGUGGCAGUCGGUGCACUUUCGCUUCUCGGAGGCGGCGCUCAACCUGCACGUGUCCAAGGCCCAUCUGUGGGUGUUCGUCAGCUCCAACCAGUCGCUGUCUUCCACGGCGGCCGUCUGGGUCACGCUCUACCAAGUGGCGAGGGACGCCGCCGCCGUGCCCGAGUUGCACCUCGUCAAGGUGCGGACGAAAGAAGAGAAGGGAAACCUGCGGCGCGGGUUCUGGGUGCAGAUGGACGCCAAGAAGCUGGUUUCUCACUGGUUCCGACAUCCCAAGGAUAACUUGGGCAUCGUGGUGCACGCCUACGACUCGGAAGGCCGCAAAGUGCACGUCGUCACGGAACCGCCUCCUGGAAGGGAAGCCUUGGUCAGUGUACACUGCAGUAAAUGUAUGCAUAUACUGCGAAGCGCCACAUGCAUAGCGUUACGUGGGGCAGCCCGUGACCAUAUAUAAUGAACGUUAACGUUGACUCGAUCUGCGUGCUUCGGCGCGCAGUGAGGACGCUAACGCGGCUCGCAUUCGGGGCCUUCACAGACGCCGCGGUGUUUGCUUUAUCACAGCACGUUUCCCUAAAUAACAGCGCGCCGAAACAGAAUGCCAGGUCUGCGGCCAGCGAAAGAAUAGCGCUCGCAUUCCCCGCAGAAUGAAGCAAGCGUGCACAGUUAAGGAUGGAGUCAGGGUGACUGCGCUGCUUCCUUCUGGAUUCCUCGGCCUCUGCAUGCUAUAUAUUCACUAAAUGCGC